AUUGCUAGAUUGCUAGUGUCAUUUAACUGUCAAGUGCAUAAAUACUAAAUAGUCAAAUCGUAAGAGGAUUUUAGUAAAACAUUCUUUAAAUUAGGACUUAGCUCGUAAAGAGUUAUUAAAAUACAUCAUAAGAUCGUUCUAAAGAUACGCUAAGUGUGAAAUGGGAGGAGGAGACUUGAACUCGAAGAAAUCAUGGCAUCCAAACACUAUGAAGAAUCAGGAACGCGUCUGGAAGGCAGAGCAAGCUGCUGCGGAGGAAAAGAAGAGGAUGAUAGAGUUACAACGUGAGCACGCUGAAGAACGAGACCGGAGUGAAUUGAACAACCUCAUGAAACAUGGCAGUACCUCAGCCAACGACAAUCGCUUGUCUUGGAUGUAUGAUAAACCUGAUAAGAAAGUAGAACAAGAAGCUUAUUUGCUUGGAAAGUCUCUUGAUAAAAGUGCUGACCAAUCAGAGAAGCCAGAACAGGAUGCGAUCCCGGCUGUCUCACGGAGGGUAGUGGGGUCCAGCAUGAUAACUGCAGCUGGCGAUACACAAGUUGACAUGUCCCGGAAAAUACGAGAAGACCCUUUGUUAUUGAUAAAGGAAAGGGAGCGAGCUGCCCGUGCUGCUUUGUUAAACAAUCCAUUGCAACGGCGUAAACUGGCUGAGUUGCUAAGAAAAGAACAGGAUGCAAAAAAGGAGUCAAAAUCUAAGAAAGCACCCAAAAAGAAAGACAAAAAUCUUGAUGAUUUACUUGCAGCCAAAUUGAAUGCUUUGGGAGGUAAGAAAGGUCUUGAUUUAGCUACUCUUCUUAAUUCUGAUGAUUCCUCAGUGGAGUCGUCACCUGAGGUGAAAAAGCAGAAAAAGAAAAAGAAGGAGAAGCGACAGAAAAGUAAAAAGAAGAAGAAAGAGCAUAAAGAUUCUUCCAGUGAUGAAGAACAAUCAAAGAAAGAAAGCAGUCCUGAGGUUCAAAAAUCUAGUAAAAGAUCAGCAGAUUAUCACAGUGACAAGAAAUAUUCCAUCGACUCCCGGAAAAGGCAAAGCUCCGAAAGCGGUAAGUACGGUGAAGAUGAAGUAAAGUCUAAGAAAGAUAGGAGAAAUUCUCCCGAACAGAAUAGAAAAGAAUACACGCGAUACUACGACCAAGGUUAUUAUACUAGUACGCGAAGUUAUAAGGAAGAGUACUCAAGUAAACAUGACUCAGGAAGACGGUAUCCCAGGGAAGAUGAUCGACGGAACAGGGACAGUGAUCAACGAGAGGGUAGGAAGCGAGGCGGCAUGACUGAGGAGGAGAAAGCUGCUCGAUUAGCUGAAAUGGCGGCUGCAGGAGCUGAGCGGGAGAUAGAACGAGGGCGGCGUGUAGCCGAGCAGCGAAGCGCCGACGCUCGCGCGGAGAAAGCCGCGCUCGUACCCAGGAUCUCCUCCCACAGUGACGCACGAGCUCUGCCGGACUCACUAGAAAGUCGAAUUCAUUCUAAUCGGCAUUACAUUCAAAGGGAUAAACGACACAUGAAUGAAAACUUCGCCCGGAGAUGACGACUUUUACUUUUGUUUAAUAUUGGAAGCCUGUAAAUACUUCAAUAUAGAGCCAGACUGUGCUCUCAUAUAGUGAUGAAAGCCUUGUUAAACCACUGAGUUGGCAAACACUGACUCAUCUCUCAUCCCAGAUAUCUUAAUUUGUAUGGACCUACGUGAGUUCAAGUUUUCUAAAACAUUAUAAUAUGUCAGGUCUGAGCUACUUGCGUUGGCUGAUCAAUAUUAUGUACUACUUUUAUGUCCUAUGUUUUUAAGGAUAAUAAAUUGGACUUUAAUAAACA